AUGACCAAUGACACUGAGGCCCACAGCGCGGCACCUCCGAUCAUCGGGUGCAUCACCCACCUGACCGGCCCACGGAAGAGACUCAUGCAUGGCGUGUUCCAAGCCCCGAUGCCUCUGCAGAAAAGCAUCGCCCACCCCGCCGAGGCCCCAAUCAGCGCUGUUGGGCCGCCCGACCAGUCCCCCGGCGUCGGGGAAGGCGGCCCUGGUGGUGUCCCAGUGGUGCCCCUGUGA